AACUUUGGCCAAUGGCUUCUCUUCCUUCACCAGCCACUACAACCGCCGUUGGCACCACCACCUCCUCCUUCUCUUCCCCCGUUGCCAUCUCCACAUACGGUCCGUUCUUCCCCAAACGUGGCCCAGCCUCCUUUUACUCGAAACAUAGAAAACCCUCCAUACGGCGAUCGACCAUUUCAUGCAAGGCCCUGAGCAACGACGACUCUGAACAAAAUCCUAUGUCGGUGAAGCUCGACAGGAGGAAUGUGCUCAUUGGCCUUGGUGGCUUCUAUGGGGCGGUCGGUCUAAGAUCCGACCCAUUCGCGCUUGCAGAGCCGAUAUCUGUCCCGGAUUUUACCCAGUGUGGCAAGGUCAACCCCUGCGCGAAGGCCUGUUGCCCACCACCCACCACCGAGGUCCUAGACUUCAAGCUCCCAUCCUCAAACUCGCCCACGCGCGUGAGGCCAGCUGCUCACUUGGCCGAUGAGGACUACAUAGCCAAAUACGCCGAGGCCAUUAGGCUCAUGAAGGCCUUACCGGCUGACGAUCCGCGUAGCUUCAUGCAGCAAGCCAAUGUGCAUUGCGCCUAUUGCGACGGGUACUAUAACCAAGUCGGGUUUCCCCACCUGGAAGUCCAAGUCCACUGCUCUUGGCUAUUCUUCCCAUUCCACCGUUACUAUCUCUACUUCUACGAGAAGAUCUUGGGAAGCUUGAUCAAAGACCCGACCUUCGCAUUGCCCUAUUGGAACUGGGAUGCGCCUGGCGGCAUGAAGAUGCCCGCCAUGUUCACUGACCCGCAUUCACCUCUCUAUGAUUUCAACCGAAACCCGGAUCAUGCACCACCUAUGCUUGUGGAUCUCAACUACAACUGCGAGCACUUGCCCCCAUCGAAUCUGAUUGACAACAACCUAUCCAUCAUGUACAGGCAAAUGGUGUCGAGCGGGAAGACGGCAAAACUCUUCCUCGGCCAUGCCUACCGGGCAGGCGAUCAUGCAAAUCCGGGGGCCGGGUCGAUCGAGCUCAUGCCGCACAAUACAGUCCACAAUUGGUGUGGCGACUACAGGCAGCCCAACCUCGAGGACAUGGGCAUUUUAUACUCUGCCGCCCGAGACCCGCUCUUCUUUGCCCACCACUCCAAUGUCGACCGCAUGUGGACCCUGUGGAAAACCCUAGGAGGCCCGAAGAGGACCGACUUCACGCACCCGGACUGGCUCAAUGCCUCCUUCCUGUUCUACGAUGAGAACAAGCAGGCCGUGCGUGUGAAGGUCAAAGAUUGCUUAGAAACCACUAACUUAGGUUAUAAGUACCAAGAUGUUGACAUUCCGUGGCGAAACUCUAAGCCAGUCCCACGCAAAAUAGCCAUAAAGGUGACCGAGACCUCUGGGGGAAUUGCUGAUGUGGCGGAGAUACCACGGUCUAUCGCUCACUUCCCUGUUAAACUAGACAAAGUUGUGAGCACUCUGGUCAAGAGGCCGAAGCAAAAGAGAAGCAAGAAAGAGAAGGAGGAGAAAGAGGAGGUGUUGGUGAUCGAAGGGAUCGAGCUCGAGAGUGACGCGUUCGUGAAGUUCGACGUCCACAUCAACGACGAGCAGGCUUCCCUGAGCAGCCCCGACAUGACCGAGUUUGCGGGCAGCUUCGUGAACGUGCCGCACAAGCACAAGCCCGGCAAGAAGAUGAAGACCAAGCUGACGCUGGGGAUUACGGAGUUGUUGGAGGACCUGAUGUGCGAGGACGACGAGAAGAUCUUGGUGACUUUGAACCCGAGGUACGGCGGUGAGGACGUCAUCAUCAGCAACAUCAAGAUUGAAUUCGUUGACUGAAGCCGACGGUGAAGGAAUUAUUUUGUCGUGUUUCUCCUAUUUCAAAUCUGAAGAUUACUGGUCAAAUCUUUAUGUUAGAAAUUAAACCAAAUUCUUAAAUGUUGUCAUUUGAAGCUACCGAUGAAUUACCGAGUUACUGAUGUCAAUCGAUUAGCACGUUGCUAAUAUUCUAGACUUGAUAUCGAAGACUGCUAGGUAUAUGCAUUGAAGAAGAGUCGUCAUUGUAGUGAUACUCUUGAGAAGUCUAUUCUUAUUUCUAUGUUCUAUCUGUUUGUGCCUCGAGGUCUUUUGUAAGUUCCUAGGGCUUUAUCUCCUCAAAAUUAGCUGUAUUUAUUGUGAUGAAUAAAAGUCGUGUAUUAAGUCAAUAAAUAAGGGAGUCUUGUGUUCUU